AACAACCCUCUGCUAAGAACUAACAUGCUACGUUGACUUUCAAGUAAUGGCUGUAUGCUGUUAGAAAACUUAGCUAGCUAGCCUCAUAAAAAGAAAAAAACGUGUUCUCAAGUGAUUAAUAAAACGACAUCACCUCUUGACCAAGAUGCCAGUGGCAGUAGGACCCUAUGGCCAGCAACAGCCAAACUGCUUUGACAGAGUAAAAAUGGGAUUCAUGAUGGGUUUUGCAGUUGGCAUGGCAGCUGGUGCCAUGUUUGGAACCUUUUCCUGUUUAAGGGUUGGUAUGAGAGGCAGAGAGCUGAUGGGAGGAGUUGGGAAGACUAUGAUGCAGAGCGGAGGCACGUUUGGUACAUUCAUGUCGAUUGGGAUGGGCAUCCGCUGCUGAGACCACCUCUACUGAGACCACCUCUACCGCACUUAUAAUUACCCAGUGGGAAUUUUGUGAAACCUAAUUUCUCAUGCCAUUAUUUCUGUAGUUCUGGGACAAAGUAUAUCAAUAAAGGCUGUUAUUUCAAUUGCUGGUACUAAGCCAAAUGUUUGGAGUGGGGCUUUUGAUAAAGGGGAAAUGGCUAACCUUGUGGUGCUGCAACAUCAGUUCCAUCCAAAGGAUUAACGAUACCAGGGUAAUCUCUUCCAAAGGACAGAUGCUUGAUCAAGUGAGUCAUGUUGAUCUUUAGGACAAAAGAAGUAUGAAUAAGUGCUCCUGGGUAUGGAAAAGAUUGCUGUGGGAAAACAAAACUUGUGAAAUAUACUUACAUUGUCUAGUCCGAAACUCUGAAGAUCAUGAACUGAAAAUAAAAUGAGACAUGUUAGAAAUGCUGUGAUUUGAUGUCAUCAGUUAUGUUCUGUUUAUAUACCUAGACUGAGUUUCAUUUUCUCAUCAAAUGUAAAACUUUCCAUAUUAAGUUCAAUUAUUGUUGAGCCCAGUUCUCUGAAAUGUCAUGUUCUUAAUUACUGCUUUUACCACCUCCAAUAAAGAUUAAGGUAAUGAUCAUA